UUUGAGACUCUGGUUUAUUGUCUGCGCGAGUCGGUUCGGCCUUGUUGUCGGCUUUGGGGAAUUGAUUUAGGACGCAAAAGAGUUCGUGGUUUGUUUCCUUCUGAUUAGAAGGUCGAUAAUAAAGCGUUAUCUCCACAUUUCUGACAUCCAGCCGGGUCUUUUGGUGUUAUUCCUUUGUAAAUACUGUUAUUUGUAUAUACUGUAAAUGAUGACUUCAGUGGGCGGAAGCCGGACCCGGGGCAACUGGGAGCAGACACCGGGUCAGACACAGAGCCAGUCACAGCACAAGCAGAGGCCUCAGGCCACCGCUGAGCAGAUCCGACUCGCGCAGAUGAUCUCGGACCAUAAUGAUGCAGACUUUGAAGAGAAGGUCAAACAGCUGGUUGACAUCACAGGAAAGGAUCAGGAUGAGUCCAUGAUAGCGCUUCAUGACUGCAACGGAGACGUGAACAGAGCCAUCAACGUCCUGUUGGAGGGCAGCCCUGACACUGACUCAUGGGAGAUGGUUGGAAAGAAGAAAGGAGUUUCAGGUCAGAAGGAAAGCGCACAGACCGAUGGAGGAGAUGAAGGGAAGGAGAACCGAGAGAAAGGAGGAGAAAGAGAUGUGGCACGUCGCAGAGGAGGGGCCCCGCGGAGGGGCCGUGGAGCCAGCCGUGGGCGAGAUUUCCGUGGGCAGGAGAAUGGGUUGGAUGGGGCCAAGGCAGGUGGAGUUGCAGGCAGAGGAAUGGAGCGAGGCCGUCGGGGAAGAGGCAGAGGAAGAGGUGGAGCUGGAAGGCGAGGAGGGAGGUUUUCAGCUCAGGGCAUGGGCCAGAUUGAUAAGGGCCCCAGAUAUGAUUUUUCAGGAGAUGAGAGUACGUUUAACCCAGCGGACUACACUGAGCCAGCCCAAACAGAGGAGAGCUACACAAGCGGCAGCUCUUGGAGUAACACAGGCAACCUGGAACCCGAGGAUGGAAACCGACUUGAGUUUACAGGUGGAGAGGGAACAAACUAUCCUCGAAAGUUUGACUCGGCCCCUGGUGCUUGGAGAACUGCCACAGAAGAGUGGGGCAUGGAGGACUGGAACGAGGAUUUGUCAGAGACCAAGAUAUUCACUGCCUCCAGUGUGGCAUCCAUGCCCGUUCCACAGGAGAAUGUCACUAUUACUGCAGGACAGAGGAUUGAUCUGGCGGUGUUGCUGGGGAAAACGCCUCCCUCCUCUUCCUCAGAGGCAGAGCCUGCUUCACUUGAAGGCCCACAGCCGCCGUCUCUGUCUCAGUCUUUGGUGUUCAGCAACUCAAAGCAGACAGCAUCACUGUCCCAGUCCUCCUCCAGUGCUCCUUACAGCCAGCACAGCAUGCCCUUGAGUUAUUUCCAUUUACUGUCCAGUCAGCAUCCAGAUAUGGCCAGUCAGCAUUCAGAACUGGUGAGCAUGCUCGGUAAGGGUUUUGGUGAUGUUGGCGAUCCAAAAGGAACCACUGGAGGCUCCACGACUGGUUCUCAGUUUCUGGCACAGAUAAAGACGGCCCGAGCUUUGGCCCAGCUAGUAGCCCAGCACUCACAAAGCGGCCCACCCAAUGCUGGUCCUUCUACCUGGGAUACCAGCCCCACUACACUGGGGCAGUAUGAUAUGAAACCUCAAACAGAGCCGGUGCACAGUCCCUUCACCAAACGGCAGCCCUACCAGCCCACUUCCACUUCCUCCUCCAUGAUGGAUGCCUUCUUGCAGGAAAAAGCCACACCUGCUUCCACCACCUCCACCCUACCUCCUCAGUCCACCCCAUUGUCAUCAUUGCCCCAGGCCGUCACCACCCCUCUCCCCAAACCCUCGGGACCCACCCCAGGUCAUCAAAACUCUUCCAGCCCAGCCGACCCACAGGCAUCCAGCCCACUACCCCUGCAUCAGCACAAACUCAAACAGCAGAAGAAGAGGGCUUCCAUCACAACCAAGAUUCCAGCCCUAGCAGUGGAGAUGCCAGGCUCUGCUGAUAUAUCUGGGCUCAACCUGCAGUUUGGAGCAUUACAGUUUGGCUCUGAACCGGUGCUUCCUGAGUACGAUGCCUCGGCAGCUGUUGCCACAACAACACCAGGCAGCCAAGGCCAGAACAGCCUUUACACAAGUGCAAGCAAUGAGCAAGCAACAGCCCUGUCCCACGCCAGUCAGAUGGAGCUUUAUGAGCCAAGAGCCAGUCAAACAAGGCGCUAUCCUCCUUCUGUGUCCUCCUCACCACAGAAAGACAUUCAGUCAAAGAAUGGUUUCAGUUCGAUGCAGACAUCACAAUCUUUGGAAGCUGCAGCAGGCUCUGCAGUGCCCAUGAAACCGGUGUCCGAAUCGGUCAUCCCACCAUUGGUUUCCAACAUAUCGUCAUUGGCUGACCCUUCAUGUCCUCCUUCCCUGCUGACUACAUCCAGUCAGACACCUCUGAGUGCUCUCGGACACGAAGACACCUCACCCAGCUCACUGGCCACUCCUCAGCACAAUAACUCCCUCCCUACACAGCAGAACAGUUUGGUACCUUCUUCUGUUCGCACUUCGAACACAAGUCUGCUGCACCCAAGUGUGGAUGGCGAUCCAAGCUUGCACUCGUCUUUCUCAUCGGUCUCUGGUGUGACUUCGUCUUCAGUUCCCUCACCCUCUUCAGUUACUUCAGCGGCCCCUGUUUCCCACCAUGUUGCCCCCUCUUCAUCUGUCAGUUCGGUCUCCGCGCAGUCUGCACUGGGUCCAGUCAGCAGUCUGACCAUGGGGUUGAACAGUGGUGCUGGUGUGGUUUCAAUGGCCCCGCCUACUGCAUCUUCAUCAUCAUCAUCAUCAUCAUCUGCUGUUUUGGCCACUGCAGCACCUUCAUCUGCCUCAUCGUCUCGCAGCGCGGCUGCCUCAGGGAAAGCACCUCCAAACCUGCCUCCUGGAGUGCCGCCCUUGCUGCCCAACCCUUACAUCAUGGCUCCCGGGCUGCUUCACCCAUACCCACCUCAAAUGUAUGGCUACGAUGACUUACAGAUGCUGCAGACCAGGAUACCACUGGACUAUUACAGCAUCCCAUUUGCUACUCCAACCACAGCACUGACUGGCAGGGAAGGCAGUUUGACAGGCAACCCUUAUUCUGCUGGCGACCUGUCGAAGUUUGGCCGUGGUGAUGCGUCAUCUCCUGCCCCAGCCACAACAUUGGCCCAACCCCAACAGACCCAGACACAAACGCACCACACCACCCAGCAGCCCUUCCUUAACCCAGCCCUUCCACCGGGAUACAGCUAUACAAGCCUGCCCUAUUAUACUGGCGUGCCUGGUCUGCCCAACACCUUCCAGUACGGCCCUGCCAUGUUUCCAGUGGCUCCUACCUCCUCUAAACAGCACGGUGUGAAUGUCGGUGUCAGUGCAUCUGCAGCACCCUUCCAGCAAGCUAGUGGUUAUGGAUCACAUGGAUACAGCACUGGCUAUGAGGAUUUGGGCCAGGCUUCGGCAGGGAGCGGGGAUUUCUGUAAGGGUGGCUACGGCACCGCUGUUGUUGCUGCCGCUGCUUCUGCGCAAAACAAGCCUGUCAGCUCCGUCACCGGGCCUGGAGUGGGUGUCUCUGUGACAUCAAGCAACACAGGAGUCCCUGACAUUUCAGGGUCUGUUUACACAAAGACGCAGUCUUUUGAGAAGCAGGGUUUCCACACAGGAACCCCCAGCGCUUCCUUUAGUUUGCCCUCAGCACUUGGGAGUGGCGGCCCCAUCAACCCUCCGGCUGCAGCGGGUUACGCUCCAGCCCCUUACAUGCACAUCCUGACCCCCCAUCAGCAGCCCCACUCUCAGAUGCUCCACCACCACCUGCAGCAGGACGGACAGAGCGGCUCUGGGCAACGCAGUCAGAAUGCCGCGAUUCAACAGAAGUCACAGAUCAACAAGUCGGGAUACAACAGCUACACCUGGGGAGGCAAUUGAUACCCUGUCCUGCCUCGUCUGGUGUUCCGAAGGCUGGAUUAGUGGAUCCUUUCCUUUCUCCCCAGAUAUCUCCCCCUUUUCUCUGUCCUCCACGGCGCUCCCUCGAUCUGUGCGGUCACCCUGCAGUACCAAUCUCAUUCCACUGGUGGUGCUGUGCAAAGAAAGAGAGAGAACUAAGGCGCCGCUCGAAGAAGGGGCACGGGGGAGAAGUCUUAACGGGGAGCGUGAUCUCGCAAAUAUAUGGAUAGUUACUUAGGCCUUCCUGAUCGGAGUAUUGAGUAUUUGGAGUUUAUAUUGUGUUCAAAAUACAAAAAAGCCCCUCCCCCCCCCCUCUUUUUUUGGCAUAUGUAACAGAUCUGUUUUCUAAAAGGACAAAAGAUUUUUUUUUUUUUGCCCUGUUCAUUUUCUUUUAACUGAUGGAUAAAAUGAAAAAUAGAGGUUUGUUAGAAGGAAGAGGGCUUUUUUUUUUUUUUUUUUCUUCACAGGUUAUUUCCCUCCUCUCUGCUUCUUGCUUGAUCAGCACCUGCAAUCCAAAUGUACAUGCACCUCCUCUGUUUCUCCCCCUGCAAUUAGUUUUUACCAAAUUUUAUUUUGGGAAAAGAUGAUAUCACUCUAAAUCGGCUAGUGCAGUUGUGAAGUUUAUUUUUUACCAAAUAUAAAUGGAUAUUUGAGAAAAAAACAAAUGUAUAGGUGAGUUCACAGGCUUCGGAUCUGUACUGCGCAUGUGUGUGCGUUUGGGUUUAUUUUGUGUGUGUGAAAUGAAUGAAUUGCAGCAUCAGGGUGGCCAGUGUAUGAAUGUUGUACUUCUUGAAUAGGCUUCAGUGUGUAUUCCUUUUCAAUUUCUUUAUUGGAGCCUUAUUGUACUCUCCAGAUGUGAGAAGUGCACUGGUCACCUUAUACUUUAUAGACUUAAUUUCUGCAAACUGAUAUAUUUUUGGUCCUUAUUAACCGCCCUUCCUGUAGCAGGGAGACUGGAUUAUGUUAAGGCAUGACUUUUGACCUCUGCGUUUUGCCAUACGCUUGAUGUUCUUCAUUUGCGAUGGGAUUCUGAGGUCACCCCCCUGUGUGUUUUUCCACAGCCUUUGUUGUCCUGUCAUACCUGCAGUCAUUCUCUCCCUGAAAUGCGCCACCUUCUGUUCCCAAAUAUAUUCUUUUAGUUAUAUGAUUAUUAGAAAUGUGCUGAUGGACAGAAAUGUACUAUGGGUAUUUCUUUCUUUUUUUUUUUUUUGUACUGUGCGUUUUAAAAAGAUUUAAAUUGAUAAACUUGUCUUGUACAUAUAUAUAUAUAUAAAAACACAAGUACUGUA